UUUCUUCCACUGACUUAUUAAAUCAAUUAUAUUCAGAAAUGGAGGCUGGAGAAGCUUUUAGUGUUUGUUUUUUCUCUUUUGAAGAAGAAGCUCAUUCUCAUAUUUCCCUUUGCUCCUAAAUCAUGGACAAGGUUUCAUUCUCAAAAUCAAAAUCAAAAUUCACCCUUCUCAUCUCUUUACUCAAUCUACUACCAUUCUUCUUCUCUAUCUCAUCAAAUGCUCAACAGAUGUACGUUAACAACAAACAAAAUGACUGUUACACCAAAGAAACAUUACCAUUCACAAACGGGUUUCAAUGCAACAAUCCAAACAGAUCUACCUGCACUUCAUACCUUGUGUUCCGAUCUCAACCUCCAUACGAUUCUGCAACAACAAUCGGAUACUUACUGGGUUCAGAACCACCACAAAUCGCCAGAAUCAACAACAUCACAGACAUCGACAAGAUUCCACUGAACAACUUAGUCAUAGCUCCUGUAACUUGUUCUUGUUCAGGUAAAUAUUAUCAGCAUACUACUUUUUAUACAAUGAAAUAUACAGGAGAGACCUACUUCUUCACUGCUAAUAACACAUUCCAAGGUCUAACUACUUGUCAAGCUCUAAUGACUCAAAAUCCUCAACAUGAUAGUAGAAGUUUGACUGCUGGAAUGAACUUGACAGUUCCACUUAGAUGUGCUUGCCCUACUAAGAACCAAACAGCUGCUGGUUUUAAUUUUUUGCUCUCCUAUUUGGUUAAUUGGAAUGAUGAUAUUUCAACCAUUGCUGAAACAUUUGAAAAUGGUGUUACUGAGGAGAGUAUCAAUGAAGCCAAUGAGUUAUCUGCAGAUGACACUAUUUUUCCCUUCACCACUCUAUUGGUUCCGUUUAAGACAGAACCUAAAAUCAAACCGAAAACUCCAGGCUCUUUACCACCCGCAGCGCCUCCGGCUCCGGCUGACGAACCAGUUACUGAUAAUAAGCCUUCACCGAUGAAAUGGGUUGGAAUUGGAAUUGGAGCUGGUUUGUUUCUUUUAUUGCUUACUGGAUUUCUGGUUUGGUUCUUGUUAUGUCACCGCCGCCGGCGCACACGCUACCAUAGUGAGCCUGUGGCAGUGUCGGAAGUUAAAAAUGUAGUGGUAAUGGGUGGUAAGGAUUCUGAUGAUUAUGACUCUAAGAAGCAGGCAGGAAGUUAUGGAAACAAUUAUUCCUACACGUCGGUUUCGUCUGAGGGUGCUCGAUAUGCAAUGGAUUCUUUGAUUUUGUACAAGUUUGAAGAGUUGCAAAAGGCUACGGGGUUCUUCAGAGAAGAGAAUAGAAUUCAGGGGUCUGUGUACCGUGGUGUGAUUAAUGGCGAUGAUGCUGCUAUAAAGAAAACCAAGGGAGAUGUUACAAAUGAGAUCAAUAUUCUGAAACAACUCAAUCAUUCCAAUGUAAUCAGGUUAUCUGGUUUCUGUAAGCAUGAUGGAAACACAUAUCUUGUUUAUGAGUUUGUGGAAAAUGGCUCCCUGAGCAACUGGCUUCACAAUAAGCAUAAUCUUGGAUGGAAACAGCGAGCUCAAAUCGCGUAUCAGAUAGCUGACGGACUUAAUUACCUUCACAAUGACGCAAAUCCACCCUACAUUCACAAGGACUUGAAGAGCAGUAACAUCCUCUUAGACAGCAACUGGAGAGCGAAAAUUGCAAAUUUUGGUGUUGCUAGAAGUUUAGCACAGACCAACCUUCAAGAAGAAGAGGAUGAAGAAGCAGGAGGUAUGCAAUUGACCAGGCAUGUCGUUGGUACCAAAGGCUAUAUGGCACCGGAGUAUCUAGAGAGUGGUGUGAUUACUCCCAAGAUGGAUGUUUUCGCAUUUGGAGUGAUCAUUUUGGAGUUGUUAUCUGGUAAGGAAGCAGCUACUAUGUCUACAUUAGAUAAUGGGAAGUUGGGAGGAGAUGAAUUAUUGUCAGAAUCGGUUAAGGUGGUUCUUGAAGGAGAGAAUGUGAGAGAAAAGCUGGUAGGUUUCAUUGAUCCGUCAUUGAAGAAAGAGUAUCCCUUGGAUUUGGCAUUCUCCAUGGCCCAAUUAGCUAUGGAAUGUGUAUCUCCAGACAUGAACGCCCGUCCUUCGAUGCUCAAAGUGUUCACACAAUUGUCAAAGAUUCUUUCAUCAUCACUGGAUUGGGAUCCGUCAGUCUGAACUCACCUUAGCUCUUCAAGGUCUGUCUUUCAAAAUCCCAUGAAGAAUUCAACAGUAAUUCAAGUACAUCCUACACUCUGCUUGCAGUCUUGAUAUCAUAACCUUAAUUUUGUAAAGAAGUGAGCUAAUGAAGCUGCACAUAAUCUAGCACAUACUCAGCAAAAUAUCCACACCUGAUGGAUAUCUCCCCAGACCAGAUCCCUGCUCACAUUGUUCUCCCUCUCGGUGGCCUUUGUCUGCAUGGUGCCUUUAGCCUCCUUCUCACUUGUAUUUUUGGUUUUUCCUUCUUGUUGCACUCUGUUCUUUUAGAUGUCAGCUCAUAAAGAUAAAUAAAACGAAAUUCUGAGAUUCGUAUUCUGUUGA